AUGACAGAAAAAAAAAACAAAGGGAAGAAAAAAAGAAAAUGCAUUCGUCAAUCAGACGCCCACCAACCAACUAACCAACUCCCCUACCCAACGUGCCAAUGUUCUCCAUUAAUUGUUACCUUAGUUGUGUUCCCGAAUUGUGCGCCGUGUCCGACCCCCGUUUACCGUCCCUUCCCAGUCUGUGGUAUGUUUGGCAACUUCCGAGCGAACAAAAAUAAUCUUGGCGUGGGAUCCUGGCCAAAAAUUUCACCAACUUUUGCUCCCUUCGGACCAAACUCCAUUGCACCUGGGCCAGGCUCUCAAAGCGUAAUGGGGGAAUUCUGA